GAGGAAAGGGGGUUGUCCUGAGACAGAGUGGAUGUGGUUGUACUUUUCACGUGAAUGAAAGGAUGUUUGUGCUUCUGAGAUAUGGAGAUACCUUUCUGUGGUCAGGAUCAUGGUGUACUCAAGCAUGUAUUUCAGGGGUUAAACUGGAAUUCCCCUGCAUGGGGACAUGUGUGUCUUAGGGUUAUAGGUCCAUUUCUGUAGUGUGCUGUCCACAUGAUUGCCCAAGAGACUUGGGCCACGAAGUCCACACCAGCAGCUCUCAUGUGGGUAACUGGGUUCAAGUAUGUACUCCCUUGCUGCAGUGCUCACAUAUGUCAAAGCAUGUAUCCUGUGGGGUGUGUGGGCCUCAGGGUCUCAGAAUGUGGAUCCGUGCUAUGCCCGUGCUCACAGUUGUCUGUAUGUCUCAAAAGCACAUAGAUCCCCAGUUAUUUUUUUGUAUUGUGGUUCUCAUAUACACGUACCUCCACAGCUCAGUGUAUGUUUCUGUACUAUACACCUGUUCCUGAGGGAGUGAUAGGGUUCUCGUGUCAUGGGGUCCACAUUUUUGUAUGCAAACCUCCUAACACCUGGGUUUUACAGGUAAAGGGAAGCUGGGGACUGAUUCUAGGGCAGUUUGCAGGCAAUUUGCAAUUCUGGAAGUAGACAGUGAAAAUAUAAUUGUGGUCCUCCCUUGUUCUGUUCUGGAACCUAGAGGGUUAACAGGCAGCUCUUCCGGUCCACCCCCCUCCUUCCAGCCUGUAGCUUCUUGUUGCCGUGGAGAUGGUGGCCCCGCCCCUGAUGCAGCACCUGCCCCCCCAUUGGCUGCAGUGGUGACUGUGGGGCUGAGGGGGGAGCCCAGGCCUGGGCAGCCAUUCUGGAGCUGGAGCCGGAGCUUGGCAUCCCCCCACUUACAUUCUCUUCCAGCCCCUCGGCCCCUCUAAAUUCCCUUGCAGCCGAGCCUCAGCUUCCUUUUUCAGAGCUUGCCAUCCCUCUAGGCUCUUGGCAGACUGAGCUGCAUCCGCAUUCACCUCCCCUCCUCCUCCUCUCCCUGUCCUUACUUGGGAGUCCCCAGAACCCCCACUGCCCAUCCUUCCUGCUCCCUGCCCACUCCCCUGCAUUCUUUGCUUUUCCCCUCCCCCCCCCCGCCCUUCUGAGCCCCUGCCACUGCAGUGCACGUGGAACCGGCUCCUUCUCCCCUCCCCCUACCUGCCCCUUCCUUGGAUUUUCUGUCCCCAGCUUCUCCCCCUGCUACUCCUCACAGGUCUCUUCCAAGACCUCCCCCUCCAGUCCAGGGAGGGGGUCAUGGGAGGCAGCCCUGGCCCUCCAGACAGACAGGGGUUCCAGGAGGUGCGGGGCAGGUGGAAGAUGUGCCCAGUAGGGGGGAGAGGAAAGCCUGCUUACAGGCAAUGACCUUUAACCCAUCUUUCCCCCCAGCUAGCCCCUUCUGGGGUGGGUGGGCACCAGGGACCUAGCCUCCCUGGAUCUUUGGUGUCCUUCAUUAUUGGGGUUUUACUGACCCUCUCAGCCAUGCUCCCCUGCUGACUGCCAGCCCCAGUCAUGGGCCUAAGGCCUCCCACCCCAUCCCCCUCAGGGGGCUCCUGCUCAGGUUCCUUGCCCCCUCCUUCCCGCUGCCAGCCUCUCCGCCGUCGCUGCUCUUCCUGCUGCUUUCCGGGGGAAUACCACUUGGGUCGCUCGAGGAGGAAGAGUGUCCCAGGGGGGAAGCAGUACAGCAUGGAGGGCGCCCCUGCUGCGCCCUUCCGGCCCUCGCAAGGCUUCCUGAGCCGACGGCUAAAAAGCUCCAUCAAACGAACGAAGUCACAACCCAAACUUGACCGGACCAGCAGCUUUCGCCAGAUCCUGCCUCGCUUCCGAAGUGCUGACCAUGACCGGGCCCGGCUGAUGCAAAGCUUUAAGGAGUCGCACUCUCAUGAGUCCUUGCUGAGUCCUAGCAGUGCAGCUGAGGCAUUGGAGCUCAACUUGGAUGAAGAUUCCAUUAUCAAGCCAGUGCACAGCUCCAUCCUGGGCCAGGAGUUCUGUUUUGAGGUAACAACUUCAUCAGGAACAAAAUGCUUUGCCUGCCGGUCUGCGGCCGAAAGAGACAAAUGGAUUGAGAAUCUGCAGCGGGCAGUAAAGCCCAACAAGGACAACAGCCGCCGGGUAGACAAUGUGCUAAAGCUGUGGAUCAUAGAGGCCCGGGAGCUGCCCCCCAAGAAGCGGUACUACUGUGAGCUCUGCCUGGAUGACAUGCUGUAUGCACGCACCACCUCCAAGCCCCGCUCUGCCUCAGGGGACACCGUCUUCUGGGGCGAGCACUUCGAGUUUAACAACCUGCCGGCUGUCCGUGCCCUGCGGCUGCAUCUGUACCGUGACUCAGACAAAAAGCGCAAGAAGGACAAGGCAGGCUAUGUCGGCCUGGUGACUGUGCCAGUGGCCACCCUGGCUGGGCGCCACUUCACAGAGCAGUGGUACCCUGUAACCCUGCCAACAGGCAGUGGGGGAUCUGGGGGCAUGGGCUCGGGAGGGGGAGGGGGCUCGGGGGGUGGCUCAGGGGGCAAGGGCAAAGGAGGUUGCCCGGCUGUGCGGCUGAAAGCACGUUACCAGACAAUGAGCAUCUUGCCCAUGGAGCUAUAUAAAGAGUUUGCAGAGUAUGUCACCAACCAUUAUCGGAUGCUGUGUGCAGUCUUGGAGCCCGCCCUGAAUGUCAAAGGCAAGGAGGAGGUUGCCAGUGCACUAGUUCACAUCCUGCAGAGUACAGGCAAGGCUAAGGACUUCCUUUCAGACAUGGCCAUGUCUGAGGUAGACCGGUUCAUGGAACGGGAGCACCUCAUAUUCCGCGAGAACACGCUCGCCACUAAAGCCAUAGAAGAGUAUAUGAGACUGAUUGGUCAGAAAUACCUCAAGGAUGCUAUUGGAGAGUUCAUCCGUGCUCUGUAUGAGUCUGAGGAAAACUGCGAGGUAGACCCUAUCAAGUGCACAGCGUCCAGUUUGGCAGAGCACCAGGCCAACCUGCGAAUGUGCUGUGAGUUGGCCCUGUGCAAGGUGGUCAACUCCCACUGUGUGUUCCCGAGGGAGCUGAAGGAGGUGUUUGCUUCGUGGCGGCUGCGCUGCGCAGAGCGAGGCCGGGAGGACAUCGCAGACAGGCUUAUCAGCGCCUCACUCUUCCUGCGCUUCCUCUGCCCAGCGAUUAUGUCGCCCAGUCUCUUUGGGCUUAUGCAGGAGUACCCAGAUGAGCAGACCUCACGAACCCUCACCCUCAUUGCCAAGGUCAUCCAGAACCUGGCCAACUUUUCCAAGUUUACCUCAAAGGAGGACUUUCUGGGCUUCAUGAAUGAGUUUCUGGAGCUGGAAUGGGGUUCUAUGCAGCAGUUCUUGUAUGAGAUCUCCAACCUGGACACGCUAACCAACAGCAGUAGCUUUGAGGGUUACAUCGACUUGGGCCGAGAGCUCUCCACACUGCAUGCCCUGCUCUGGGAGGUGCUGCCCCAGCUCAGCAAGGAAGCCCUCCUGAAGCUGGGUCCACUGCCCCGGCUCCUCAACGACAUCAGCACAGCUCUGAGGAACCCCAACAUCCAAAGGCAGCCAAGCCGCCAGAGUGAGCGGCCCCGGCCUCAGCCUGUGGUACUGCGGGGGCCAUCGGCUGAGAUGCAGGGCUACAUGAUGCGGGACCUCAACAGCUCCAUCGACCUUCAGUCCUUCAUGGCUCGAGGCCUCAACAGCUCUAUGGACAUGGCUCGCCUCCCCUCCCCAACCAAGGAAAAGCCACCCCCACCACCGCCUGGUGGGGGUAAAGACCUGUUCUAUGUAAGCCGUCCACCCCUGGCCCGUUCCUCACCAGCAUACUGCACGAGCAGCUCGGACAUCACAGAGCCAGAGCAGAAGAUGCUGAGUGUCAACAAGAGUGUGUCCAUGCUGGACUUACAGGGCGAUGGGCCUGGUGGCCGCCUCAACAGCAGCAGUGUUUCGAACCUGGCGGCCGUAGGGGACCUGCUGCACUCAAGCCAGGCCUCGCUGACAGCAGCCUUGGGGCUACGGCCUGCGCCUGCCGGACGCCUCUCCCAGGGGAGUGGCUCAUCCAUCACGGCGGCUGGCAUGCGCCUCAGCCAGAUGGGUGUCACCACAGACGGUGUCCCUGCCCAGCAACUGCGAAUCCCCCUCUCCUUCCAAAACCCUCUCUUCCACAUGGCUGCUGAUGGGCCAGGUCCCCCAGGCGGUCAUGGAGGGGGCGGUGGCCAUGGCCCACCUUCCUCCCAUCACCACCACCACCACCAUCACCACCACCGAGGUGGAGAGCCCCCUGGGGACACCUUUGCCCCAUUCCAUGGCUAUAGCAAGAGUGAGGACCUCUCUUCCGGGGUCCCCAAGCCCCCUGCUGCCUCCAUCCUUCAUAGCCACAGCUACAGUGAUGAGUUUGGACCCUCUGGCACUGACUUCACCCGUCGGCAGCUUUCACUCCAGGACAACCUGCAGCACAUGCUGUCCCCUCCCCAGAUCACCAUUGGUCCCCAGAGGCCAGCCCCCUCAGGGCCUGGAGGUGGGAGCGGUGGGGGCAGCGGUGGGGGUGGCGGGGGCCAACCGCCUCCAUUGCAGAGGGGCAAGUCUCAGCAGUUGACAGUCAGCGCAGCCCAGAAACCCCGGCCAUCCAGCGGGAAUCUAUUGCAGUCCCCAGAGCCAAGUUAUGGCCCCGCCCGUCCACGGCAACAGAGCCUCAGCAAGGAGGGCAGCAUUGGGGGCAGCGGGGGCAGCGGUGGCGGAGGGGGUGGGGGGCUGAAGCCCUCCAUCACCAAGCAGCAUUCUCAGACACCAUCCACAUUGAACCCCACAAUGCCAGCCUCUGAGCGGACAGUGGCCUGGGUCUCCAACAUGCCUCACCUGUCGGCUGACAUCGAGAGUGCCCACAUCGAGCGGGAAGAGUACAAGCUCAAGGAGUACUCAAAAUCGAUGGAUGAGAGCCGGCUGGAUAGGGUGAAGGAGUACGAGGAGGAGAUUCACUCACUGAAAGAGCGGCUGCACAUGUCCAACCGGAAGCUGGAAGAGUAUGAGCGGAGGCUGCUGUCCCAGGAAGAACAGACCAGCAAAAUCCUGAUGCAGUAUCAGGCCCGACUGGAGCAGAGUGAGAAGAGGCUAAGGCAGCAGCAGGCAGAGAAGGAUUCACAGAUCAAGAGCAUCAUUGGCAGGCUGAUGCUGGUGGAGGAGGAGCUGCGCCGGGACCACCCCGCCAUGGCUGAGCCGCUGCCAGAACCCAAGAAGAGGCUGCUCGACGCUCAGGUGGAGAGGCAGCUUCCCCCCUUGGGUCCAACAAACCCGCGUGUGACGCUGGCCCCACCGUGGAACGGCCUGGCCCCCCCAGCCCCACCACCCCCACCCCGGCUGCAGAUUACGGAGAACGGCGAGUUCCGAAACACCGCAGACCACUAGCCCACCCAGCAUCACAGACCUUCUCUUCCUUUCCUGUGCAUCCCACCCUGUAACAGCACCAACCACCAGGAUUGGACAUCACCGAGGAACAGCGGGAUUGCCUCCCCGAAUGCCUCCCUGGGAGGCACACUGAUUGCCCACCCCCCCACUGCACCAUUUCCAGGAGGGAGAGUGGGGACCCUCAGCCGUCCCCUUUUCCUUCCCAUUGGGGUGCUGCCCUCUCUUUGACCCCCAGGGACCCUUGCCCCAGGACACCGCCUACCCCACACAGACCCCUUCACUCCGGGGUGCUAUCCCCAUCCUCUGCCUCAUUGUUCCCCUGAGCACUGGGGGACAGACCCUCACCCCCACCCUGGGGGUGUGGCACCUCCAAACUUUCAACUUCAGGGUGAUUUUUUUAGCAGUAACCAGAGCUGACAAUCUAACUCCCCUCCACCGCCCCAUUUUGGCCUCCCCUGCCCCCCUUGUUAUGGGGAGGGGACCCCGGGUGAGGGGGCCCUAUUACCCCUUGAUUUCUCAGGAGCGUCUGGGGGGGCUCAGCACGCACAAACUCCUUCUCCUUCUACCACUCUUAAAUUUACUCCCUCCCCACCCAGAACCCAGAUGGGGUGGAGGGGGCCACCGGGGCAGGGAGGGGGCGGCAAGGGGGGAAUGGGAGUUGUCUCCCCUUCUCCCCACACCUGAUCUGCUCUCGGCUGGUCCCAGAGCGGGGUGAGGGGGCUUAUGCCCCCCCCUCCCCCAGUGUGUUGGGUGGGGUGGAAUUGAGGUUAGGGUGAGGGGUCAGGGUUUAGGAGGGUGUGUAUGUUGGGAGGACAGGCUAGUUGAUCUGUCCUACUCUGACACACAGUCCCCCCUGUCCCUUCCUUCUCUCUUCUUGGUCUCUACUCCCAGGGGGAGGGGGGAACUUACUCUAGGAAAAGCCAUGUCUCUCUCCCCCAGGGUGGGGGGACCUGUGUUGGAGGAGGGGUGUUGGGGGGCCCCCUUCCAUGACUCUGUCCCCUGGGGGAGGUAGGACAGGGCUGGGCUUCCCUCUCAUCCUCCCCCUCCCAAUCUCCUUCCAUCUCCCUCCCUCCCGCCAGCUCCACAAUUUUUCGGUGUUUCUCUGUACAUAGUUCUCUGGCGGGAUAGGGGAGGUAGGAUGGAUGGGGUUUGGGGUGGGUAGGCCAUGGGAGGGGAGAAGCCCCUCCUUGGCACCCCCUCUUCCCUGACUGCUGUCCCCUACCCAGCCUUGCCCCCUUCAUCCUUUUGCGUUUGGUAUUGAGACUCUCCUAGACUCUACUCCUCUUUCUUUUGUAUGGACAGUUCCCCUUCAGUCCCAUCCCCCUACACAUACACCCAGCCGGGGCCAAAUUUAUACUUAUAUAAAAGUUGUAAAUAUGUGAAAUUUUAUCCCUGUGCCCUUUCCCCACCUCAGGCCCUACCCCUGGACCCUCCCCAACCUUCCCUCUCUCUUCUUUGGCUGUUGUAAUUAUCUGGGGUUUGUACUGUACAUAUCCGGGGUGUGUGUGUGUGGGCUGGGGGCAACCCUUCUGUACAGAGCUUCCUGGCCCCCUCCCCCCCGCCCCUCUGCUUCCCUCCCCACCCACCACCUUAAGGGUAGGGAGAUGCUCUUCCUACCUGUUUUAUUUUGUUUUCUCGUUCUCCCUCCCCACCCCACUCCCAGCCUUAUCUAUCCCUCCUCACUGUCCCCUUUUCUCCACUCCCAGCCCCAUUUCCUUUUUUUCUGGAGUGUGUGGUGAAACAGAAAAAAACAUGUUUAAUAAACGGAGAUUGUUCUUUUA